AGCUGUCCUCUCAGCACCAUGGGACACACGGCAAACCAGUAUGACUGUUGUCAAAUGACCUUUGAACGGGGUUCUUACAUCUUUUUUUUUCCAUCUCUGGAGAUUUUGAACUAUGCAAACUUGUAAGAAGCUGUCCACAUCGCUUUUGCAUGACUUGAGAGAACGUACAUUUCUACUGGAUCCUUUUCUACGGAUUUAGGCACAACUACAGCUUUAUCAUGACUUUCACAUCUUGGAAGUUUGUGUCAUAUACUGUUGCAUUCAGUUUUCUUGUCAUGUUUUUGGACAGAAGGACAGGUGCAGCACUGGAAGGUUCUGCUGUGGGACAUCUAGAUCUGCCUUAUAGUCAGGAGACUGUGGUGUUUCCACACAUCGUCCGUGUGUCUGAUGUGGAGCCGUCACACACAGGCCACACAGUUGUCUCUCGCCGGAGGAGGAACAUCCUUUUCCCAAGUGGAGUCAAACUGUGUGCGCAAGAGACUCCAGAGCAGGUUGUGUCAAACCAUCUGAGCUACUUUCAUCUGAGAGUCUGCCAGGAGACCAUAUGGGAGGCUUUCAAGAUCUUCUGGGACCGACUCCCAGAGCAAGACGAGUACCAAAGCUGGAUGAGCCAGUGUCAGGAGGGCGCUGUCACAGCUCAAGAUAUUGGCAGUUACUUCAGCCAGUCAGAGGAGCACCGGGCUCUGGUUAAAAAAAGAAUAUCGAUGCCAGGUUUGAAGAGUGAGACCACCAGGUCCUGGCAGAACAUAUGCAGCUCUACAACACCAGGCACACCAGAAGCUGCUGAGGUUCCUGAACUAGAGGAUGUUGCUAAGGGAGAAGAAGCUGUGACUAUUGUCCCAGAGGUGGAGGAGAGCACACUGGACAAUGACAUUGCUGUGCAGUUUCCCUCACCUGCUGCGUUGGAGCAGGUGGUGGAGCUCAGCAUCCUCCUGACAGGAGAGCUCUACAGCGAUGACCUCCAUGAUCCAGUCAGCCUCCACUUCCAAACACUCAGCAGACAACUCACUGAAAAGAUUGAAGCUUCACUGGAGAAGCUUCCUGGAUUUAGGAGUGUGUCUGUGCUGGACUUCAGGCCACAGAAGGAAACCCAAGGGCUGGAUGGUGUGGUAGUGGACUACGCUGUCACAGUGGUGGUGGAUGCAGCAGGGGUGAGCACUGAGCAGCUGGACUAUCUGACCCUGCAGUCGAACCAUGUCGAGAACUCAUACCAUGAGGUCAAAGAGCUCCCCACCGUGGUUUACACAGUCAGUGAGGUCAAAAACCUGGACACUGAAGCCCUGGAGAGUGUGUCUGAAAUCUCAGAGUCUGUCAGUGCUGCAGACAUAACCAUGGUGGCUAGUGAUACAGUUGUUGGUGAGCCAUCUGAGGUCACAGUCCUGGAAGAUGACGUCCUGUCUGGAACCAUUUCAGAGGUGACACCAGGAAAUUACAUCACUGUUCUGGAUGAGAACACUAUUGUGUCUGCUCUUCCUGUCCUGAUCUCCAGUGCACCAGAAGCAGAUAGCAUUCAGGAGGAAGGUCUGUUGAUGGAGGACACUGUGCAGAUGCCAGCUGUAGAGAACCCCCCACCACUACAGGAGCUCCCUACUCAACUUCCCUCCGCUGUGCUGGUGGAAGACGUCACAUUGCCUGUGCUGUCAGUGGACACUGAGGCCUCCGGAGAGCUGGAGGAACUGCUGCAGCCAACUACAGCCACAGAAGAAGAUGUGGAUGUGUCUCUUGAGGAGACUGCUGCAGAGGACAUACUGAUAACAGAGGAUGUUGCUGUGGCCGGAGAUGCCACGUCUGAAGCUGAUUUAAAGACAGUGGUAAAAGAGCCUACUUCCACACUGGUCAAUCUGGAAGACCUUCUUGCUUCUGUUUUUGUAAAUGAGGUGCCAGAGGAGCAAGAGAGAUCCACAACUGCAACUGAAACCAAAGAAGAAGGCUUGCCUGCUUUAGUUCCGCCUCCUGAGGCUGCAGAUGUAUUGAGUGAAAUAUUAGAACCAGAGUCUACAGAAACUGGUCUGCAUCCUGUUGAUGAAGACCCUGAAGAUGUAGCCAAAAAUGUGGUGUUUGGUGAUUCUGAACCAUCUGAGACUGGGAAAGAAUCUGAAUUUACAACAACAGAGGGUCGAGAGGUGAUGGAAGACCCAGAAACACCUGAAGCCCCAGUUGUGAAGAAAGAGACCUUGGGGGCUCCUACGAUCUCAAUAGAAGAUCUUACAGAAGAUGAAGUCUUACAAGUGAACAAGGGUGAAUCAGAACCACCAGUGACAUAUUCUUUGAGCCCCACCCAACCAACUGGCCUGUCCCCAGAGAGGGAGUCGCCCUUCACACGUAUCUCUGAUGUUGGCCCUGCUUCUGAGGGGCAACCUUCACUGGUGGAGGUCCAGACCAUUGAAGGCUUGGAUGAUGUCACCAAUGGAGAUCAAGGCUAUGAUGUGGUUCAUCAUGGUUACGGUUUGAUUAACCACACAGAGGAGGGCAGCACUGGGUUUCCAUUUGGCGUGGCACACGGCACUGACCAGGCCAGUAUCGCCAUGCCUGCGAAUCCUGGACGAGCACUGAUGGUGUUCUUCAGUCUGAGGGUGACCAACAUGGUCUUCUCUGAUGAUCUCUUCAACAAGAGCUCCCCAGAGUACAAAGCUUUGGAACAACGUUUUUUAGAGCUGCUUGUGCCCUACCUGCAGUCCAACCUGAGUCACUUUGAGAAUCUGGAGAUCCUGAACUUCAGGAAUGGAAGCAUUGUGGUGAACAGUCGGAUGAAGUUUGGGAAACCUGUGGCUCGUGGUGUCACCACUACAGUCUAUUUGAUCCUGGAAGACUUCUGCAACACCGCCUACCAGACCAUGAACCUGGCCAUCGAUAAAUACUCUCUGGAUGUUGAGUCAGGUGACCAGGCUGAUCCCUGUAAGUUCCAGGCGUGUAAUGAGUAUGCAGAGUGUCAGGUAAACAAGUGGUCGGGGGAGGCGGAGUGUGUCUGUAAUGCUGGCUACUUCAGCGUGGAUGGGCUGCCCUGUCAGAGUAUCUGUGAGCUGGAGACUGACUUCUGCCUCAAUGACGGCAAAUGUGACAUCAUCCCUGGCCAGGGAGCCAUCUGCAGGUGCCGUGUCGGAGAGAACUGGUGGUACAGAGGAGAACACUGUGAGGAGUACGUAUCUGAGCCACUGGUGGUUGGCAUAGCAGUCGCCUCUGUAGCUGGCUUCCUGUUGGUGGCGUCUGGUGUGAUCUUUUUCCUGGCCAGGACAUUACGGGAUCAGUAUGACAAAGAUGAGACGGAGGACCCCAUAAGGGAAGCAGAGAGUCUCCCGUCUCUGGAGAGGGCAACCAAGUACAAUCCGAUGUAUGAGAGUGAGGUCACCACAGGCUAUAGCCACUACUACCGCCGCUAUCCUGAGUUUCCACACUACAGCAGUGCCAGCGCUGAGGCCUCCACAGACUUCAGCAGUGAGGAGAUACGACACAUCUAUGAAAACAGUGAACUGACCAAGGAGGAAAUCCAAGACAGGAUACGCAUCAUUGAGCUCUACGCGAAGGACCGGCAGUUUGCAGACUUUGUACGGCAGCAUCAAGUUGUCUUGGAUACCUGCAGAGAGAACUCCUCUGCACAAAGUUGAACCUCUGCUGUGAACAAGAAAACGCCUCUGUGCUCAUAAAAAAGUGAAGUUCCCUGAGACUUUCUUCUUCUUGGCCGUGGUUGUCAGAGCCUACACGACUGUUUCUAAGGGACUGUCAUUCAGUACACUAUUAUUUUCCUAAUAAAGGGCCUGCAUGAUCUCUGUCUGUCUGUGUGAGCAGAGGUGUUGACUGCUCUUCCUUCUUCCGCCGUGCCUUCUCGUGAUUGGGUGAACUGCCUGUGUCAUCAUGAGACGUUACAUUUUUGCUGCUCAUCUACUGGACAUAUUUGUUUGGGUAAACCUGGACAGCAUUUCUUACUUGAAAAGCUGACAGAAAAUAACUAAUACUGUGUUGUACUAUUGCUUAAUGGCUUUUCGUUUCUCUCAUUUCCUGUUGCUUCAUUCUUAAAAUGGAAUAUCACUCACUCACUCAUUUUCUAUUGCUUCUACCUCCACAUGAGGGAAUAACCUUUCACUCUCACAUUGACACCUACAGUUUAGUGUCCAAUCAGCCUAUGCACAGGUUUUUGGACUGUGGGCAGAAGCUGGAGUACCCGGACAGAACCCACAUGCCCACAGGGAGAACAUGAAUACUCUACACAGAAAGGUCAAACCAGGAUUGACCCGGUGACCCUCUUGCUGUGAGGUAACAAUAACAAAUAUCAUUAUUUUAUUUUGCUGCUUUUUAGUGUGUGGUGUGGCCACAUGGUUGGUGUAGUGGUUAGCACUCUUGCAUUACCAGCACCACCCCGGGGAUGGAUGGAUGGAUGGACAGACAGUCAAUGGUGCUUUCUUAAAUUGUAAGUGUAAUUUAGCAUCUAUAAUGAUUGAUUUUUACAGUUUAAACACCAACAGAUUGUCCUGAUAUAUUAAAUAACUAUUGUGUAUUAAAGGAAUAGUUUUGGAGUAUCCCCUUCUGGUAGGGAGCUAGAUAAGGUCAAAUAGGUCAGGGAGUUAGUCUGGCUUAGUUCAAAUGGUGACAAACUUCUUUGUCUUUGAAUUCUUUAAUUGUUCAAUACAGUCAGUAAUGUGGAUUUUAUAACUAAGGGAGUGCUUUUCACUCCUGUUCCCAAUUGUAAGUUAAAUGACUGAUCUCCCCAAAUGGCAACCUUUAUAUACUAAAUAUAUACUAUAUUUAUUUAACUUACAUGCAAAUGCAAACUUACAGCAACUAGCUGUCUAUACUGGCAGGUGAUUCUUUUGGCCAUUUUGAGGGCUCAAUCAAUCAGAAGCAAUGGUGUAUGUUUGUAAAUGUAUGUAUAGUGUUGCAGACGUGAGAAAAUGAAAACAGUGGUGAGGUGAGAAAGACAGAUCGUGAACCUUCUACUGCUCUCGGAUCCAGAAAUAAGUGAAAACACAUUUCACUGGAAAAAAUGCUGUGGGGCAUGCAGCCCAGGGAUUUGAUCAAAUGGACUGCCUUCAGACCUCAUAUGUAACGUAAGUGAAAGAAUAGGAAAACCAGGAAAAGCAAGGUUAUAAACAACAUGUGUUCCUUGGGAAGACGACCACAAAUGUUGAAAAGCCAUCAAGGUUACGAGCGAUUCUUCUCACACGCACACACACAAAAUGCCUACUUGUUUGGCCAGCAUCCUACUCUUCAGUCUGAAAACUUCUGACAGAAUAAUUUCAGCGUUUUUCUUUGGUAUUUUUAUCCGUUUCUCCCUGGAGUUGUUUUAUUUGACCCUUCUAGUCCCUCGAAUGUGGAUCCUCACAUCUGCAGCUAACUACAGCUUUUAGGUUUUUGUAUGAUGGUGAGUUUGGUUAAAGGAUUAGACUCAGACACAUAGAUCACGUUCCUAUAGCUUCUUGUUUACAUUACGUGCUUCUCAUCCUUUGCUCUUCUUUUACAUGACUAGUGAUAAACACUGGUGCAGCGGACCCUCGUGACAGUGUCAUGCCUUUCACAACAUGCAUCUCUAAUGCAACUUUUAUAUUCAUGCUUUUUAUGUGUCUGCAUACAGUUUUUGUCAACAUCCUUGGACAAACACCCAAACAUUUUACAUCAUCUCCUGUAAUGCACGUAAGACUUAUUUCACUGUAUUAUUGCAUUGUACGAUGUAAACCAUGUGUGUUUCCACUGUUUCAGUACAUGGACAUAUUAUUUUUUUUACUGCUUCACCAUUUCAACAAUGCUACCUUAAUGUGCGUCUUGUGUAAGAAUCUCAAUGAAUAUAGAAAAUAAACAAAAAUGAAAUAUUUA